AUGCCUCGACCACGCCCCCAUCCCUUAGACCCUCUAUCCCCAUCCGAAAUCACCGAAUCAGCCCGCUGUGCCAAGAAUGCCUUCCCAAAUGAAAAUCUAGCCUUUCGGGUAAUAACCCUACUCGAGCCACCAAAGGUGUCGAUGAUCCCAUUUCUAGAUGCAGAGCAUGUGGGAAAGGACCACCCGGUGCCUAAACGGAUCGCACUAGUUCAUAUCAAUUUGAGCGGACCGAAAGAUCUACGUGAAUUGCAUAUUGAUAUUGAUGCUGGUACGGUCAUCUCUGCAACUUCCCUCCAAGGAAGGCAUUCUUUCCAGGAUUACACGGAGAUGAAAGCAAUGGAGAAAGCUUGUCUUGAUGCACAGGAGGUUCAAGAUGCUAUUCUGCUGCUUGAUUUGCCGGAGGGUGCGGUUGUCAAUAUUGAGCCUUGGACUUAUGGGACUGAUGGGAUGAAUGAUAUGGCGGAGAGAAUCAUUAUGUGCUAUCUAUAUAUGAGUCUUAGCAGCCACGGCGACUCUAAUCACUAUGCUUACCCACUAGACAUUUGUGUAGAAAUGCAAGGGGAUGGCAAGGUCCAGCGCGUUCUCUCCCUACCUCUGGGAGAACAUGAUCGCAUGGGACUGUUCAGUGAAGUGGGCGUCAAAGCAUUUGACCGCAGGAAAAUCCACAACUCGAGCGAGUAUCACCCCGAUCUUGUACCUGAGCGACGAACGACAACAAUGCCUUACCAAGUUGUUCAACCCAAGGGGCCCUCAUUCCAGACCGAAGGCAAUCUUCUUACUUGGGAGAAGUGGCGGCUGAGAGUGGGAUUUAAUUUCCGUGAGGGACUGACGCUUCACGACGUCACAUACGAUGGCCGAAGUCUGUUCUAUCGACUGGCUCUCUCUGAAAUGUUUGUUCCUUACGGGGAUAGUCGAGCACCAUAUCCUCGUAAAGCAGCCUUUGACCUUGGAAGCAACGGUGCAGGAGUCAAUGCCAACAACCUCAAGCUUGAAGGAUGUGACUGUCUCGGCUAUAUCAAGUAUUUCGACGGAUACCAUCACAGCAUCAACGGCGACCCAGUCGUGCUCCCAAAUGUAGUCUGUUGCCACGAGAUCGACGACGGAAUUCUAUGGAAGCACACAAACUACCGAACUAACAACGCCGUCGUGACACGGUCUCGAGUCCUAGUCCUACAAACCAUCAUCACGGUAGGAAACUACGAGUACAUCUUCGCCUUCCAGUUCACCCAGGAUGCGGCUAUAAACUACGAAGUUCGCGCGACAGGAAUCCUCUCCACAGCGCCGAUAAACCUGAACCAAACCGUUCCCUACGGAACCAUAGUUGCGCCAGGCGUGAUGGCCCCGUACCACCAACAUCUCUUCUGUCUACGAAUCGAUCCAGCCAUAGACGGCCACAAGAAUUCAGUCGUGGUCGAAGAGUCGCACGCGAUGCCCAUCAACGACGCGACAGUGCACAACCCGUUCGGAAUCGGCUAUACAACAACGCAGUCCAUCGUUGAGAACGAAACCCCACUAGACCUCGACAUUGCCAACGGGCGCAUUUUCAAGAUUAUUAAUGAAAGUGUUCUGAAUCCGGUCAGUGGCACUCCCGUCGGCUACAAGCUCCUCCCGCAACCUUCCCAGAUGGUUCUCGCCCACCCGUCAUCCCACCACUUCAAGCGGUCUGAAUUCGGCGAGCAUGCUAUCUGGAUUACGCGCUAUCACGACGAAGAGCUGUACAGUGCUGGUACGCACACAAUGCAGUCGGCUGGCGGGGAGGGAAUCGCAUCUUGGAUCCGAGGUCGUCAAUCUCCUCUCAGUGUUCGUUGUGAGGAUCUAGUCGUCUGGCAUACUUUUGGCACGACUCAUAACCCGCGUGUUGAGGACUGGCCUGUGAUGCCGGUGGAGAAAAUGACGGUUUCGCUGAAACCGACUAAUUUCUUCAUGAGGAAUCCGGCUCUUGACGUGGCUGUUAGUACGCAGGUGGAGAACCGGAGUGUAUUGGUGAGGGAAAGUCGAUACAAACAUGAUAAACCUUAG